UUGAUUGGUUGAUAUUUACUUCGCAUAUUCCCGCCAUCUUCAGCUUAUUUUGCCUCCAUCGCGAAACAAAAACAACGCAACAGAAGGCAAUCGAAAGACGUCCAAUAACAAUGUGGAACAACCAAGGAGGAGGCUACCAGCAAGGCGGUGGAGGAGGUGGAGGUUACAUGUCCCCCGGGGGGUUUGGUACCCCACAAGCUUCUCAGGAAAAAAAGACUAGGGAUCGUGCAAGUAACUUGCUCCCGGCUACAAUUGCUGAAAUAUUGAAUGCAACCCAAACUGAAGAAAAGUUCUACACAGGUGAUAUUGAAGUGUCCCAGGUAACGAUGGUUGGAAUAGUGAGGUCAGUCAAAGAGACUCCCACGCGCAUUGACUACGAAAUUGAUGAUAUGACGGGGCCUCCGUUUGAAGUGAAGCAGUUUGUUGACAAUGAUGAAAACACACCCGACUCUGAGAGAGUUUCAGCCAUGCAAGAAAACACGUACGUCCGAGUCAGUGGCCAUGUUCGGUCCUUUGGAGGGAAGAGAAAUGUGGUUGCGUUUAGGAUGAUUCCACUUACAGACAUGAACGAGUUGACGUGUCAUAUACUGGAGGUGAUACACAGUCAUGCAGCAUCAGCACAGUCUUCAAAUGGUAUGAAGUCCAACAGUUUAAACAAUAAUAAUACAAUGGGGAGCGGAGAUUCUUCGGGAUUCUCGGUUGUUAAUGGGUUAACGUCUACACAAAACCAGGUACAUGUGAUCAUCAGAAGUAAUAUGACAGAUCAAGGGGCCAAUGUAGAUCAAGUCUGUAAACAGCUGAGGGGUGUACCAGAGAAAGCCAUCAGAGAGGCUAUAGACUUCCUUAGCAGCGAAGGACACAUAUAUUCCACGAUAGACGAGGACCAUUACAAGGCCACAGACAGUUGAGAUCACUGUCAUCAUGUGCUAGAGACUGAAAGUGGAGAUGUGGAAAAAACACUUGGCAUCGUUGAGAUAUGAACUUCAAAGAAAUACAAUCACAACUAAUAACGAAGUUAUUUACUCUGGACUCCAGUUGGAAGUUGUGAUUUUGCUACACCAAAGCAGUAGAUAUCUGGUUUGGUGAGAGACACAACAGUGCUUUCUAUUGAGAAUGGCAGACCUUUCUGCUAAGUAGCACUUAUGUUGGAGUCAGUGUGGUACCAAUUCUUAUGAUGAAAAUUAUUUAUUUUCCAAUCAUGAUACUAGGUUUGUAGAAAUGUGUGUGAGCAUUAUUAGUAAAAUGUGUAUUGCAGAGACCUUCCUGGUUCCUUCUCAAGUUCUAGAAUUAAAAAGAUAAACUUCAUUUAGAUUUGGUGGGUUUAUAUCACAUACAUGUAUAACUUAGCAGGCCUUUAAUACAAGUGAUAUUACAACAACUGAUGCAAAUGAGGCAGAUUCGAAGAAAUAAUAUAAGGUUCACUGUUGCAGAUAAACUCUGUUAUGUUAAAAUUCUUAUUUUAGUGCUUCAUAGUAUAGUAACUUUAGUUAAAACUGGUUAGUUUUCAUAGUAGUUUAGUUUAGUCACAUUCAAAGGAGUUUUAUCCGAUUAGAUUUUCUUUAGAAGUUGAGAAAAUUUCGAUAAAAUUAAAAAGAAAAUUGUUGGAGACAUCUUUAUUUGUUAGAUUAUGUUGAAGAUAUGGGAACCUUAACCGAGAAAAAACGUAUCCACUUGCAACCCACCAAACUUGUGGAUUUGUAACAAGAAAUGUGUUAAAAACCAUGAUUUUGUUGUUUCCACUGAAAUAUUUUUCUUAUUUCAGUGUCUUAGUGGAAAUAGCAACCUAGUAUUGUAGUUACCGAUACAAAGUUUAUCCAUGUCAUGGUAAAACAAGUCUUGUAUACAUUAUACCGAGAUAUGUUCAGUAUAGUUCAGUUAUUUCUGCAUAUUUUUAAAAUCCAUCCUCUGUAUAAAAGAAACCUUGUUACUGUAUAUAUAUGUGAUAGAGAACAUUCAAUAAAUGUCGCAGAUUUU